AUGGAUCCCCAACAAGUGAAGCCUGUGUUGAAGGAUAUCAAACUUUUGUUUGAGACAACAACUCCUAAGAAAUCUGACACUUGCAGUGAAGCUGAAAGACCCAAAAGAGUAAAGAGAGAUAAUCCAGAGUGGCUAAAAGCUUCGAAAGUAGAGCCUCCCAACAAUAAAGUUGAUGACUUUCAGAAUUUAAAGAGGUCAUCGUCUGUAAGCGUAAGCAAAAAAUCAUUCCAAAUACCUUCAAAUAGUAAGAGCUCCAACGGCACUGAUAUUGCACCUAUAAAAGAAAGGCCAAAGAAAACUGUCCGAGACAAUCCUGAAUGGCUCAAAACGUCGAAAAUUGAAUCUCAAAGCAAUAAAACUGAAGAGCUUCGGAGAUCGUCAUCAGUAAGUGUGCAAUCAAGCAAAACAUCUUUUGAGAAAGCGACAACCAAGAAUCAAUCUGACAAUUUUAUCCGUGAAAAGCCAAAGAAAACUGUUCUAGACAAUCCGGAGUGGCUGAAGUCAUCACGAGUUGAUUCUAGUGCUAAUAAAAUUGAUCAGGUACGAGAAAGAGCAUCAUCUGUGAGCGUGAAAACGAGCAAGACUUCCUUUGAAGGAAAGGAAAGGAGUGAAAACUCUUUCAAAGCUUGGAAGCAAAAAAGGGAUUCAGAAAAGUUAGCUGAAGAUGCACACUUGUCUUCACUUUAUGGACAUCUCUCUCCAGAGAAAAAGAAGCUCGAAAUUGAUUGCAUGAAAAUGAAAAGGAACAUAGAAGCACAAAUAAAAGUUGAGGCACAGUAUAAUGAGAAGGUAGUGGCAGUUCUUCAACUGGAGAAACCUGGAGCAGAAACUCGUACUGUCAAGUUCACAAACGUUGGUGCUGGUAUUGCAGGGAAUUUCACCUCAUUGUCAUGCACCAUAUCUGAGCUGAAAACACCCGAGCAAAUUAAAGCUGAACAAGGUCUACUAGCUGAAAGUAUCUGCUGGGCUGAGCAAGAAGCACUAGAGCCCCCUCCGGAGGCGGAGAGGAACAAAAGUACUGGAGUGAAAGAAAAUGGUGAAGUAGAUUCUGAAUCGAUGAAGUUUACAGAUGUUAAGGCCGGUAUUGCUGAGCAAUUCACGGACAAUUUAAUGUUAAAGACACCAGAGCAAAUGAAAGCUGAACGAAUACAGAAAUUGCGAGUGGAAAGUGGCCAAAAUGUUGCCAAAGACGACUCUGUUGAUCUAACACCAACAACAGAAAUUUAAGCUGAAUCAUUGCCAUAAUUACUUUUCUUAGUGUAAAAUUGCAUACCAGUUUGUAGUGAUCAUAACCAUGCAUAGUUAUACAAGAUUAAGAAACUGUACAAAACAUA